CCUGUUGCUACGAAGACCACCAAUGGGACUGAGACCUGGUAUGAAAGCCUGCACAGUGUGUUGAAGGCUCUAAAUGCCACUCUUCACAGCAACUUGCUCUGCCAGCCAGGGUCAGACAACCUCACUGAGGAGAGGCAGGCCAGCCUACCUGGCCGUGAUGACAACUCCUACAUGUACAUUCUCUUCGUCAUGUUCCUAUUUGCUGCCACUGUGGGCAGCCUCAUCCUGGGAUACACCCGCUCCUGCAAAGUGGAUAAGCGCAAUGACACCUAUCAUGUAUAUAUCAAGAACCAGGUGUCUAUGCUCUGAUGCUAAGAGCCCGGGGAUGGCAGAAGAUUAAGAUUCCUGAGGAUUAUCUUGUGGGGCCCCCAGAACUCAGCUAUGUGUUACAUCAGGCCUCAGAGUCCUAGUCUGUAAGAUCAACAAGAAACA